GCUCAACCUCCCUCAGCUGCCGUCACAACCAUGCGCUGCACGCCGGCUGUAAUGGCCCGCCCGGGCUUUUUGAAGCGCAGUAUGGAUGAACUCAAGCGCCGCUCCACCACAGCUCUCAAGCUCGAGGGCCUCGGUACUCCCAGCGCGCCCUUCCCUCUCAUCAAUUUCUCCGAGCCCUCGUCCAUUGAAAUGUGCAAGGCCAUGUCCGACAAGGACAUUGGCGCCUUCUCCAACGCCAAGCUCGACUUUGUUCCCGGCGACGCGACUGAUCCUCCUCACGCGCGCUUCCACGGCAACAUCUCCAUCGACCUUCCUCAGGACAAGCCUCACAUUCAGCGGACUGGCUACGCCGGCUGGAGAACCCUGGACAGGCCUCCGACCAUGUUUGGCAAGUCCCUGUGGGACGUAGACCCGUACAAAUAUCUGGCGCUGCGCAUCAAGUCUGACGGCCGUAAAUACUUUGUCAAUGUCCAGACGGAGUCGGUUGUCCCGACAGACCUGCACCAGCAUCGCCUCUACUCGCGCAAGUCGGGUGAGUGGGAGACUGUUCUCAUCAGCUGGGGCGACUUUGUGCGCACAAAUCACGGCAUUGUGGUGGAGCCGCAGAGGGAGAUCCUCAAGCAAAGAGUGCGCACGGUGGGUAUUAGCUUGACGGACCGGGUUCCGGGACCGUUCGAGCUAUGCAUCAGCAGAGUGUGGGCCACCAAUGGUUUGUCGGAAGAGGAUAUCAAAGAAGACGCGCGCUCGGAGGACUUUUCCAAGAAGCCGGUGCAAGAAGCCGGCGAGCCAAAGGGCUCCGAGAAGAUUUCAAUCUAAGGUAUUGUGUCUAAGGAUGGCGUUUGGCGUAGCAUAGCAGUGCCUUGUCUAGGGCCUUCGGGCCGGGGCGAUAACUUUCGUUGCCGCAAUUUCGCGCGCCGGUCGCUGGGCCAAAAGGCGGAGGCUCACUGUAUUCAAGCAGAAUGUUAAUAAGUUGAUGCGC